CCAGAGCUCCGUUCGCGUGGGGGGUCUUCAGAAAGCCCACGUACGGCCAGGAUUGGUCCAGGAAGUCCAAGUAGCAGAACAGACUGAUGAUUUCCGCCCACCUCAGCAUACGGCCAGAGUUGUGGGAGUCUAAUUAAUAGCUGUCACAGCAGCCACAAUCAAUAUGGCCUCAUUAGCCGUGUUUGUGCAGCUCUCCCCACUCACAGGGGGUGAACACAUAACCCCAGACUUAUAAAUGCACCAGCCAGAGUUGAACUGGGAGCCGCAAGCCAUCGAUCGGAGGGAGACGAAGUGUAUGCAUCUGUCAUCCAGCUGAGGUUUACUUCUGUAGAGAUUGUGCUUUCGCUGAAUGGAGGAAAAUAGAAUACAGGGUGACCACAGCACUUACUGGUGUGGUCAGUGCUGGUAAAUCCACAAGGCACUCAUGUUUGCUAGUAAAACAAUCGACUGGUGGGUUUUUACUGUGGAUGCUUGUCGUGUCCAUGAGUAAACUGAACAGUGGCGAAGCAGUCAAAUGAUCAUAUCAUGUCUCAUCAUGUGUCAAAGGCAAGUGUGAGGACAGUCAUCCAGGUCAUUUUUUUAUGGUCCGCAGCAGCAUUAAACAUAUGAUUGGUCUGUAGUUCAAUAUGAAAGUGCAGUAAAAUUUAGCAUGCCAUGAUCAUGACCCACUAAAUGGCGUUUGAAAAUACUGAUGAAAGAGAAUUUAAUAAAACCCAAUAGUCUAUAAAUAGAUGAUGCAGUAGAAUCUUGUUUGGAGGAACUUUUAUGGAAGAGAAGACUUUGAGAAAGGACACCUUUGGAGAGUUUUCAAGGGGCCCUAUUAUGUUUUACUUUCUACAGUAAAAAAAACAACUCAGAUACAAAUAGAGUGACCCCGCAUCAAACCACAAGUCAGUCAAAAGUCAGUAUUUUCAAAGAUAUACAGUACAAGUAACAUCUGACUUACGACCAGGAUCGGGAUCCAACCAACCGGUCGUCAGUCAGAUUGGAUGUAAGUCGAGGUACUACUGUAGUGGUAGAUGGCUGUCUGAGAGUGAGAUGCUGGGAUACUGUGCUGCCAUAACUGUCGUACGCGUUGCCGGGCUGCUACGUGCUGCGGUGCCAGACAUUGAAGAAAAAAAAAAAAGCAUCUGCUGGUCAUGGUCGUAAGUACGGGUGGACGUAAGUCGAGCAGGUCGUAAGUCGAAUGUCAAUUGUAUCUAGUUUAAGUCUGCAAAAUGGCCGCCCUUCUUGAAGUGCUAUGUGAUAUAGUCACAAGUACAACAGAAAUACUCUGUGCCCACGACUCCGUUCUGCUUUCAAGUAAUCAUUGAUAUGAAUCACCGCAGCAUUUAGAACAGUUUAAACAAACCUGUCCACGUAAUGAGUUCUGUAGGCUAAAUGAAUCUGAGAAACAGAAAACUUGCGCACUUACGGAACUUUGCGCUUUCACGCCUCAUCUUUGCUUUCGCGUCUGCACGCCAAGGUCGUCUUGCUAACAACUGUAGAUAACAUACCCUUUAACAUCUCAGAGCUCAGUCAUGGCUAUGUUACACGUACGUCGGCUGGUUUGCUGAGGUACCAGUGUCACAGCUGCCUGGACUGAUUCAUCAUCCGGCUGCUCCACAAAAGAUGAAGGCAGAAAGCUCUUUGGUGUCAGUGUGAAGUGACAGGAAAUGAACACCGUAAUAACAGAUUACAGACUUGAGAAACAAGAUUAUACUGUGACAUCUGAGUCCACCUAAAUGCUCGGAUUAUCUGUGGUGUCAAAGUAGGAAAUGGACGGAAAGAUCCAUUUAGAGAAAUUUGUGAAAGUGUCUUCCCAUUUGCAAGAGUGAAAAUCAACCUUGUCUCUCAAGUUAAAUGGAAGGAAAGAGCAGGAGUGGCGGCUGAGAGGGUCGAUGAGGGCGUCGGAUGGAGAUGGAGAUGAGUUUUAGUGAGGGGGAGCCCGUUCCGGUUGCAGACACAUCUUUAGCCCCAUCUACAUUGUGAAACAGAGGAGUUGGAGCAUGACUGAACACUCAUCAAAUAAUAAAUCAAUUAUGAAUGAACACAAUAUGACAAAACAAGUUCUGAGUGGUGUCAAAAUUAAUUAUUAAAAUGAGAUUAAUUGAGUUUUUAACCUUGAAUUGAAGUCAAAGAGCCUCAGCUGUUGCAGUGUUGGACUUGUAGUAUGUGUUACAGGAGUUUCUUUACACCUUGUGAAGCCAAAAUGGACAGAAACUCAGUUCACCUCAUGCCAACUAAUCCACUAGAACGAGUCACGGGGUCAUCUCUUCAACGCCUCCAGCAGAGGGAGAACUUCAAAUGAAGAGAUGUCAUCAGCAGAGCACACGGACAUGAUUUCCACUGAGGAGGAUGCAAGAACCUUAUUUCUCUGACGCCUGUGAAUGUGUCCUCCAGACCAGAUUGUCCUAUCAGCACAUGAAGUACCUGUUCUUCUCCUGGCUGGCAGUUUUCGUGGGCAGCUGGAUUGUGUACGUCGAGUAUUCCUCCUACACAGAGCUCUGCCGCGGUCAUGACUGCAAAAAAUCAAUCUGUGACAAAUAUAGACGGGGAGUGAUUGACGGUUCCGCGUGCAGCAGCUUGUGCGACAGAGACACGCUGUAUUUGGGCAAAUGCUUUACUGCCAAUCCCAACAGCCAGGUGUACUCAGGGAGUUGGGGUGACCUGGAGGGGGUCAUUAAAUGCCAAAUGGAAGAGCAUCAUCCUCAUUUUGAUCUGGGGACUGAAGUGGAGCCCAAGAAGGAGGCCCCAGCCUUCAACAAGCCAACCAAGGGGACGUCAGUGGAGAAGUUCAGGGAGAUGAUCCUCAACCAUCUCAAGGCGAAGGUCGGGGAUGAUCAGGCCAACAUAGCUGCCUUGGCCAAUAAUGUUUUGGCCAUAGCAGAUGCCAACAGAGACGGACACAUCUCACUCCCAGAGGCUCGCUCUACAUGGGCUCUGCUGCAGCUCAACGAGUUCUUGCUGAGCCUGGUUCUCCAAGACAGGGAGCACACACCAAAACUACUGGGCUUCUGUGGAGACCUGUAUGUGAUGGAGAAAGUCCCAUACUCUCCCCUGUAUGGUAUCAGCCUGCCCUGGAUCAUGGAGGUGUGGAUCCCUGCAGGACUGCGCCGCAGCAUGGACCAGUGGUUCACUCCCUCCUGGCCACACAAAGCCAAAAUCUCCAUCGGAUUACUGGAGCUGGUGGAAGAUGUUUUCCACGGCAUGUUUGGCAGUUUCGUCAUGUGCGACGUUCGUGCUGCCACUUUUGGAUACACUGACAAACAUGACCUGAAGGUGAUGGACGCACGCUACAUAGUUCCAGAGACAAUCUUCGUUGAGGACAUCAGGCAGCAGAAGUGUGACGUGGAUGAGGAUUGCCUUUAUGGCGCCGACUGCCUCACGUCCUGUGACCUCACCAAGCACCGUUGCACCCCUGAGGUCAGCAGACCAAACUUGGCCAAAGCCUGUGUGACUCUUAAAGACUACAUCCUCCGAGGAGCCCCAGCCGAUGUGCGAGAGGAGCUGGAGAAGCAGCUGUACGCUUGCAUCGCCCUGAGAGGCUCCACCGAACAGACGGAGAUAGAACACUCGCUUAUUCUGAACAACCUCAAGACUUUGUUAUGGAAGAAGAUUUCUCACACAAAAGAUUCCAAAUAAUAUCACAAAAUAAACAUACAAUAUGUUACAGGGUCCGAGGUUAACUAAUCAUCACCUCUAAAAAGAAGCUGGUUUUCCAAGAAUGACUUUGCUUUCUGAAAGGAGACUCAAAAUAAAGGCAUUAAAGUACCUGUGAUAUUUAACUUUGCUAUACCAUUUAUAAUGGACGUAAAUCUAUUGAAAUAAAAUGGUGAUUCUUGAGUUGUACUGUGCUAAAACUGACAUCUAGUGGUGAUACAGAGAAGUUGCGGCAAGCGAGAAUUAAACUGUUUCGCAGCGACGCUGCAGUAGCAGUGUAUCAGAUUAUUUUCAGUAGGAAAAUAAUUUAUGGGUGUUUUGAGUCCCAGCACAACACGUUUCUCAGAGGCAGUGUUGACUUGAUCAACAGAACUGAAGUUCACCAACAUCUUGUGGCAGAUCUAGAGCCUACAGUUACCAGCAUAUUCUGAAAAGUCAGCCCUGACAUUAAAGUGAUAGAAAACGUUUUUAGGAAAAUAAAAAACACUGACUUGGCAGUGAAGUGGUACUUGCUCUCCAAUGCACUGGCCUUCUUGAAGCCCGUUUUGCAGAAGCCAUUCAAACCAUUCUAGGCUCUAUAGCACCACCAAAUGGUUCAUAGGAGUCAGGCUCUGACAUCCAUUAGAAAACAAGACCUUCACAUUUCAGAACAUGAAGAUGAGGCAAAAACAGCUCCAGUCUUUUUGAUACAUUUAUUAGAACAAAUCUGCAUAAGGACAAUGCAGUUGGGAUCCUUAAUCUGCAUCUUCCUUCUCCUGAGCCCUGAGGAAGCUGGCCUUCUUCUGGGCGACACGGUCCUUCCUCUGAGCCAGAGAGAGCUUGGCGCGGUUCCACCUGAGCCAGACAAAGCCUGUUAGCAUCAAACCACUAACACUUCUAUCACAAUCACAGCCCCAAUCCGCAUACACAUAAGUUCAAUUUUUCUAGCAUUGUGCUUCUAGAAACCAAACAGUACAAAUAUCUCACCUCUUCUUCGUGACCUCUUUAGCGGGCUUCUUUUCAUGUACUGGGUUCUCACGAAUGGCUGCAUGAGCCUUCUUGUACAUCUCCUCAACCUAAAGUAAAUGGAGUCACUGAUGAGAAUGCCAGCCGAAACUGAUCAUCAUUGAGGUCUUCAAUCUGACGCCAUGAUUUACAGUCGAUCAAGUUGAGUUUGAGGAAUAAAAGCACUUACGGAAUCAGGUGUGAUGCCGUUCUUGAUGAAGCGGGAGAACUGCUUCUUGUAAGCGUCCUCAUCCUCCUCCAUCAGCAGGCUCAUGUACUCGGACACAUUGAUGCCGAGGAUGUGCUUGCGGUGAACCUCAGCGUUGAACUCCUUGCUCUCAACAUCAUAGCCAGGGAAGCGUUUGGUGCUGGAAAACAGUUGAUCGCAACAUU